AUGCGAUCCUUCUUUAACAAGCCCUCAUGGGCAGCCAAAGGAGGCGGCACUACCAAUGAAUUCUAUCGACGGUCUGAACAAACCUACUCCGAUAUUAUCGCGGCGAAUCGAGAGGCACACAAAAAACCUAAGAAUCCCCCGGAAGCAGAUGAAAACAGCAGCAUUAUCCACAAUGAAGUAACUGAGCGCGUCAAGCGCCCUCGCCUAUCGCGCGAACAAAACAAGGAUGCAGUUACUGCUUCUUCUGUGCCACUUGACGAACAGGACAAUCUAAAAGAAGAUCUCUCACUUUCGGCUUGCCCCGAAGAGUUACCCAAUGCGCCAGUGACACCGCACCAUGAAGAGCAUGGAUACUCCAGAGUACUUACUUCAAAUAUAUCGGAUCGUUGCUCUACAUACACCCUGCCAAUGAACUAUGCAGACCAGCCUGCACCGGCCAAUUCCGCAGCUCACUCAGCUGCCGGAGGUAAUGGCAACACUUGUUCAGCUUUAUCUUCGCUCCGCAAGUCCCCCCAGCUCCUCAAGCCAUCCGAACGCCCAGCGGAAGAUCCAGUCGUGCAGAUUCUCAUCACUUCUGAAAUCCCAAACACCAAACCGCUGCUCGUCCACCGAAAAAUGUCGCAGGGGCUUCGGGAAGUGCGUUUAGAAUGGUGCAAACGGCAAGGACUCACAACGGGGGCAAAUUCACCUGUUUAUCUAACCUGGCGAGAUCGACGGCUAUUUGAUGUGACAACAUGCAGGACCUUGGGAAUCAAAACAGAAAUUGACAGCCAGACGUCUUUGCAAAUGCAUGAUGAUCUUCUUACAGGCCCAAAAGAAUUGCGAAUUCAUAUAAAGGCCGUGACAGACGACCCUCUUCUGCUCAGCCGGUCUCGCUCUUCUUCGGAGGUGGGCCAACCAUCUCCAUCUCCAUUGAGCCCCAGCAAUCAACCAAAUCAGGAAAAUGAACCGAUGAAAUUGACUUUCCGCAGCCCCGGGCUGAGCGACUUGAAGAUCAAGGCAAGACCCAAGACACGGGUGUCUAAACUUAUAUCCGUAUUUCGAGAUAAUCAGCAACUCUCAGCGGAUCAAGAGGUAUCUCUUGUAUUUGACGGAGAUCUUUUAGACCCCAGUACUUGUCUUGGCGACUACGAUAUUGCAGAUCUUGAUUUGGUGGACGUGCAGAUCAAAUCAUGA